UCCUCCAUGUCAGACUCCAUCGCCGGUAUUUCCGCUGGUGAGGCGUACGGAUCGGCGAUGGAUGAAAAGACGAAUUGGGCGAGUCAUGUCCUGGCAGUGGCAGUGUUUCUGUUUCUCCUCACAGCUCUCACCUCUCCGGUGUCGAUGAUUCGACAAGUCGUCAGUGUAGUCUCUGCUUUUUCGUCGUCGAGACGCAAUACCCAGAUCAAAAUUGAGGGAGAGGAGAAAGGUCUGACCUUGUUCAAACCUGCUGUGGUUAACAAGGUGGAUGAGUUGCUGGGAGAAUUGCUGGUGGAGAUCCUGUCUCGCCUCCCCGCUAGAGAUCUGUUACAGCUCAGGUCCGUCUGUAGAAAUUGGAAUGCCAUAAUUUCAAGCCCUUCCCUGGUUUCCAUGCACCUUAGAAACUACACCAACGGCGCGGCUGGCUCUGCCUCUCAGUUCCUGAUGGUAAGCGAGAAUGAAUUUUAUGAUCGCGACGCUCUGAUUAAGCUGUUCUCUCCUGAUCAUCACGGUGAUCAUGUUGAGUACCUGGAAAGUGAAAUGCCUGUUGUCACCGGACCUUGCAACGGCAUAUUUCUAAUGGCCCGUAACAAGACGAAAGACUUCGUUCGCCUGUGUAACCCAGCAACUGGCAAAUCUAGGAAAAUCGCGGUACCGCCGGUCAGGAGAAACACCGAACUACACUACUACGACAGCUAUGGGUUCGGGCUAGACCCAGCGUCAAAUGAUUUCAAGAUAGUUAUGAUUCGACACUUUUCGAUGCCGUACGCUGACCGCGUCUCCGUUAUUAUAGCCAGCUGCUCUCCCGAAUUCCCUGCACAAGUGAUGGUGUACACACCGGGCACCGAUACUUGGAGGGAGCUGGAAGAGUUGCGGCUUAGCCUUCGUCUACUCCAAGUCGUCCAGUCUUACAAUUACUUGAAUGGGUUCUUUUACUGGGUGUGCAUAUCUCCUGCUGCAGCACUGGCAUUCGACCUCGAGAACGAGGUAUUUCGCGUGGUGAACGACCCGGUGCCCGUAAACUGUUAUAACAUGUUUACUCAGGGUUAUCGGAAACAGCUUCUCGUGUACAAGGAUGCGCUUGCUUUGUUUCUUCUCCGGGAGAGUACCGGUGGUUAUGACCUGUGGUUACUGAGUGAAGAAUGGUGCUGGAUCAAACACUCGACUGCUGCUCCGUUUAUUCCACCUAUUGUGAGUACGGAGGCUGCUGCUGAUGAUGAUGCUGAGGAGGAUUUGAUGCGAGAAGACCCUUUUAUGUUAGCGGUUGGGUGGUGGAGGGACGAUGAGCUUAUUCUUGUUAGGGAUUCUGGUGGUGUCUCUAAAAUUCAUGAGUUGCUACUGUUCGACCCUGUUACUCAGGCCACUAAAGUUGUCGCAGAUGAUAUUUGUGUAGCUCGCAGGGUUCUUGUUUACAAAGAAAGCUUGGUCAGUGUGGGGUGAAAGCUCCUGGGGCGAUCGCAUUUUGCAUGCAGAGCUAGGAUGAGAAUGCUACAUUGCUACUCUAGGACCUUUCAGCUGGGCUUGCGAGUUCUUAUCCAUGACUAGAAUCAAUACCCGUGGCUACUAUGACAUAAACUUGCACUAACAUGGCUGAAAGACAAUAAAAAUGAUAUGCAUUUGUAACAAGUGUUAAACAAUAGUUCGCUUUUGAUAUCUUGGCAAAGCAGAAUGACUUUUUUUUAUUAUGUUGAAUCUAAUUAAAACAUACUAUGACAUAAUCUAGUUAAACCACCUGCUGUGAAGACGGAUGUUGCUGCUGUGAUCGUUGCUACUACUUGUGCUGAGGAGUGGAAUCGAGAAGAACCUUUUAUGUUUGCGGUAGGGUGGUGGAGGGACGAUGUGCUUGUUCUUGCUAGGGGUUUUGGUAGCUCUAGAAUCCAUGAGUUGCUCUUGUUCGACCCUGCUACUCAGGCCAUUAAACUUGUCUCAGAUGAUAUUUGUGCAGCUCGCAGGGUAUUGGUUUACAAAGAAAGCUUGGUCAAUGUGGGGUGAGAAAUUGCUAGGUUGGAUUGGCAAGUUUGGCAGUGGGAGUGUGGGACAUCUUUUUCAGGUUUUUGCUGCCAACUGGAAAUGAAUUAUGAGCUAGUAUCAGGAUUGGUAUUGAAUUUGUUGUUGCCUGUGUUACUGUGUAUAUAUGUUUGAGUGUAUAUAUAUCUCAAACAGAAUAGCCAUGGGAUAAAUUUAAAUGAUCAAAGACACAUAUUUUGUAAAUUGUAAUGAUCUUGUGGUGGAGCUCUUGUACAAUUUACAGUUUUUGCUAGUUCGACAGAGCUUUAUCACUAACUAGCUAUCCAUUUUUACUGGGAAUGUACGAUGCAAAUAUUGAGAAUAGACAUUUAUUCAUAUAUGAAGCAUAAGAUUGUAAAUUUGAGUAUUGUAAUUGACAAAGAUGAAUCUUAUUCCUAUCACUACUAUAUGGAGAUUCUCCAUCAAAAUAUGGUCUAUUCAAAAUUUUCAGCCUUAUGAGAGUUUGUAGGAAGGACAUUUGUGUCAUUUAAACUAUUAAAACAAUCUUAAAAAAUAUUAAAGCAUUUUCAGUUUUGGCCCCAUGCCACGUACUCCCAACUGAAAGGAGAGGUUGUCCACGUCAGCCACCUUCCUUCGGUUUCCGCACCCGCCCCUUCUCUUUUAUAUCCACUGUUUUCUUUACCCGUCCAAUUAUUAAACAACUUCAUCAAUCUCCAGAGUCUCAAUCGCUCACAAUCUCAAAGGCGCUUUAUCCAAUGGAAAUUCUCCCCGUCGGCGGCCGCCACAUCAUCCUAACUUCCAUAGAAAGGGCUCUCUGGUGACGUUUCCAACUCUUCAAACUUCGUUCGAUCCGCAUUGGCUAUUGCUAUAGUUAAGUUUUGAAUUGAUAUCCCCUGAUGAAGGGCGACAACCGCCUGCUGCCCCGAUUCCCACAUCAAUAUGUCUUUCUCAACCAUGUACAGCGGGGUAUCGCUUGGAGGAGUUGCGCCACCGAUUCGCCUUCGCCACCAGUCCCAAUUCUUCUCAAGCGAAGUCCUCCAUUCACCGUCUCCUUUCCCAUGUUUGAACUGCACUCUCUGUUUCCAUCUUCCUUCUAAUAACUUUUAGUUUUGUUCGCAGGUUGAAAAUUUGUUUAAUUCUGGCCAACAUCUUCAGUCAAUUUGUGUCUCUUGAGUUUUGGCUCUUUUCUAAUUUUCCCUCCCGUCUUCCAUUGUUAGAAUACCCAAAGGGAAAUACUAUCGGGUGAGUUUCAUUUGAUAAUUACAUUGAUCAAAUCUAAUUUUUUUAUUUAAAUUAUUUUAGGGCCACAAUAUCUUACAUGCAUAUAUCAUUAUCUCUUUCACAUGAUGGUAUUUUGCAUAUCAAUUUGUGGUAGUUUUCAAUAAAUCAUCAAUCAACGAUGAAAAAUAUUUUAACUACUAAAAGAGUUUGUUUAAUUAUUAUAUUAAAAAAAGUUAUAAAAUACAAAACUAUAUUCUACAAAUCCUACAAUUCUUGGGUCGUAAAACCUCUGAUAUGAUCGUAUUAGAGGUGGUAUGAUUUGUAUCAAGGAUGGCAAAAUACGAAUUUUGUAAGUUUCGUAAUCGAAGUUUUGUACUGUGACGCAUACUUUAAGAGUCCUAUAAUUUUUGUUAAAGAAGUAUUUUUCUAACCGACCCGUCACCAACCCAUAAAAAUAACUGUAGAAAAAUUCAUGUAUUAGAAAGAAACAUAAAAAUGUCUAAGAAAAAAAUAAUGUAUGACUCAAAACUCAAAAAGUCCACAUGGAGAACUAUUUUUCUCAAAUCCAAAAUAAUUUUAAAGAUUGUACAAAUAUACAAAUCAAUAUAAAUGGUAAAAAAAUCUACCCGGCCGACGGGCCGGGCAACGAAGCUAGUGUAUUUUAUAGACUUCUAAAUCAAUAAUAUCUCAUACAGGAGAGUUUAUUAAUGAAUCCUAAAAAAAUUCAAGUUUUCCUAAAUUUUCUACCCAUCCCAUAUUCUAGGGAGAAAAAACUUUUUUCUUCCUUUUUACGUACCAACAUUUUUAUUCACUAAUAAUAAAUAUGUCCAAAUAAAAUUUUUCUACCAUUAUCUCUUCUUCGUAUGAACAUUUUUUUUUUUUUUGACAAUAACCUGUUUUUAUUAGUUGUUUAAGUUAUCCUUCUCCAAAUGAGACAUGAUGAAAACUCGAGGCCUAAAGACCCAAGAUUCUGAAGAGUCCCAAUUACAAUUUGAGUGGGCCAUUAUAUGGGCAGGUUCGUUUCCCAGUCUCUUAGUGAAGCUCCACCGUAUCUGGCCCAGAGACCUGGCCUGCUCCUUCAGUUCACUAGCUAGCACGCUCGCCGCCAGCCUCGAUUCUUCCUCCCCCUUCAUCUUUUGGAUAUCGGUUUGACAGUCACUCUCUACCAUCGCCGACAAGAAUCCAUGUCGUUCCACCAUCUGCUACCCGAAAUCCAUCGUUCGGAGCUCAGCAAUUUCCGGUGGCCACUGCCUUCGCUCCCGCCUGACCGCCGCCAACAGGAAUUUUCCAGUCUCAUCGCGAACCACCAGCCCCAGUCCCGUUCCCUCCCCCGGCAGUAGUGCAGCAUCAACAUUUUAAGAAUCUUUAAUUGAUAAAGGUUUCAAAUUUGCAAACAUUUUAGUUUUACACUUAAGUAAAAUUUCAUUGAAAUGAAGGUGAUUGAGAAAGAAUCUAUUCAUGAUAAAGGUAGUGAAUUCAGAAAUAGUGAUAGUGAGUAGUGACGUUGUUGAGAAGAAGAGAUAGACUAUUGAUGGUCGAUAGAAAAGUUUUAGUGAUGAAUAUGAAACUACAAUUAUAGAUAGAUAUUAUGAUACAUGUGAUAAAACAAUAGCAAAGAAGUUCAAAAGAAAAAUUACAGUAAUUUCUUACAUCAAGAAGUAAAUUGAAGUGUUGUUUAUAAAGUUUUUUUAAGAGUUAGUUCCCUUUCGUGAGUUCUAUUUUUUAUUUUCUGUAAGAACUUUCGUUGAUGAACCAAUUAUCAUAUAAAAAAACUCUAUGAUGUAUGCUCCUUUUGUCUUUUUCCAUUAAUUGAAUAGUUCAAAUUAUUUGACUUUUGAUAUCAAUAAAAAUAUAUAUUGCUUCGUACAAUUACAAUUGUUAGUUAUGUGUUUGAAGUAAUGUAUCCGGCCAACGAGCAUGGUACUUUUGUUGAUGAACCGGUUAGCAUAUCAGAAAACACUAUAAUGUGUGUUACUUUUUAUUAUUAUUUAAUAGAAUGGUAUGGAUCUUUUGACUUUUGAUAACAAAAAUAUAUUUUGCUUGAUACAAUAACUAUUAUCGUGUAUGGGUUUGAAAUAAUGCGCCCGACCAACGGGCCGGGUUCGAAUCUAGUAUAAAAUUCGUACAUGUAACUUUCUAAAUCUCUUUGCAAGAGAUGAGUAAAAAACAAUAAUUAAAGAGAAUUCAUCAAUAAUUUGUGUGAACCGUAAACAUUGAUAAAUUUUCUAAAAUUCC